AUGACUGAAGAAGAACUUCAUCAACUUGAAGAACAUGAGUUCAAUACCGGACCUUUAUCGGUGUUACAACAAUCAGUAAAGAAUAACACCCAAAUAUUGAUAAAUUGUAGAAAUAAUCGAAAGUUACUAGCUCGUGUCAAAGCCUUUGAUCGGCAUUGUAAUAUGGUGCUAGAGAACGUUAAAGAAAUGUGGACUGAAACGCCAAAAGCUGGUAAAGGCAAGAAAGCUAAGCCAGUUAACAAGGAUAGGUUUAUUAGCAAGAUGUUUUUACGUGGGGACUCUGUUAUUCUCGGAAUAUUGUUUAAAGGUGUAAAAAUAAGUGUAGAAACUUGA